GUGGAUUUGGCUUUUGUUCUCUUUUUUGUGUGCUUAAUUAAGAUCUUUUCACUGCCUUUAAAUGCAAUGUACACAGUUCGAGGUUAAUGAAAAUAAGCAAGAAUUUAAUGAAGUCGUUUUAGUGAAAGCUUCCAAAGUUAAUCUUAAAACAUCAACCUGAAGAAUCAAAACUUCAAUAGGACAAGAAAAGGGUGAAUCGAGUAAGAUUAUAUUUCAGGGAGUCAUGUCAUGGGAGAGUAUCGCUUCGAGAGAUCUUCUUAGCAUACCGCAUAGUCAUAAUCUAUCAGCAACACACCUCCUAGCAUCUCCUGAUGGGUCACGUUAUCUACUUGAAAAUUCAACUGACAUUUGUCAGCUGGAUGAGAGUUUUUCUCGACUGGCUGGAUACGGGUCAAGUCCUGACGGUACGUCGUUGUGGGCUCGUCAUGGAUUCUCGCGGUCUCGGAAUUCAGUUAUAAAUUGUUUUUUGGCUUGCCAAAGAAGCUUAAAGCAGUAUUUAGCAAGACGAAAGAUGGAACGAGGACUUCGACUCUACGAGCAGCACAAUCAAAAUGCGGCAGUUCGAACAUGGAGGAGUGCUCUCAAAUCGACAAAUAGGCGUGAGGACAAAUUCACCCUACUCGGCUAUCUUUAUCAAGCUCAUAUGGAUUGGGGCAAAUAUAGAGAAGCUAUAGAAUUUGGUCAUCGGCAACUUGGCAUAUCUGAAGAGCUAGACUCACCAACUAUGCGUGCGGAAACUUAUUUAAAUUUGGCAAGAGCUCACGAACGUUUGGGAGGCUUAGAACGUGCACUCAGUUAUGCACGCCAUUCACUCUACAAUGAAUGUGGUACACAGUGUCAAACUGGUGGCUUGGUACAUCUAACGGUUGCUAAGGUCUAUUUAGAAAUGGGUGGUUUUUCGAGGGCCUUAGAAGGUCUUCAGGGAGCGCACAAAAUCGCAACAUCAAUCGGUGAUCCAUCAUUAGAGUUGCAAGUUUAUGUGGCCUUGUCGGAAUUAUUUGGUCGUCUACAAGACAAUGACAAGAGUGCUACGUAUGCUUCAAAGGCCUAUGAUCUUUCAAGGUCGUUACAGCUUGGAGAUUUGAAUUCGUCACAUCAUCGUGCGGCACUUCUUCGGAUGGCUGCAGCUCUUCGCAAGCAAGGAGAUUUCGGAGAUGCCCAUGACUACUGUACGGAAGCUACACGACUCGCUCUCAUAUCUGGGGAUCAGGCAACAUAUACUCGCAGUAUACGUGUCAUGGGUGAUAUUUAUAGGAAAAAAAUAGAUAUCGAUAGGGCAUUUCGUCAAUACGAACAAGCUAUGGGAACUGCGGCAGCACUAGGUGAUCGCAUGGCACAGAUGGAAGCAAUGGAUGGUGCUGCUAGGUGUUUGGAAGCCUUAAGACUGCAGCAAAAAAUAUGCAAUUGCCGUCCUUUAGAAUUUAACACUCGUCUUUUAGAGGUAGCAAGCUCUAUUGGUGCUAAGCUCUUAGUAAGAAAAAUUCGUACUCGCCUGGCCUUAAUUUAUCGAGCUUUGGGAGAUGAGGAACAGUUCAAUACCCAUUCACGUCUAGCUACUCAAACUGAAGCAGCUUUAGGACUCAAUUGUGGGGCUUGUGGUGAAGUUUUUGGAAUCGAAGCUGAUGCCUUGGAGGCAUUGCCUUGUGCACACAUCUUGCAUGCUAGGUGUGCUCAUGAAAUUUUUCGUCGCCGAGAAAAGGGUGUACCACGGGCAUGUCCAGCGUGUAAUAAGGUCCUCAGCUCUAGACUUCAUCUAUAUGCUGAAUCGAAUACUAUCGUUGGUGGUGCCAACAAUACAACAGCUAGUUCAGUUCCAGCAACAACUGGCAUCAAUGCACCUACAAAUGUCUCAAAAUGCGGUGGCAACGAUGCAUUCAACAAUGGUGUCACCUGUAGCAAUGCUAAAAAUAACACAUUAUCGGCUAUGCCACCAGUAGAUAGUAAUGCUUUCUUAGUAACAUCAUCACCUAGUACAUUAUAUAGAAGUAAUUUGUCAUUAGCAUCGUUAAGUUUACGUGCGUCCAGUUUGACAAUUGACAGUGAACGUCAUGCCACAUCAUCAGUUUGAGACCAAGGGCAAAUGGCAGUAUCAGCAAAUGAUAUGCCAUGGUGAGACUUAAAAGACUAUUUUUUAUUAUUUCGGUAUAUAAAGUUAAGUUUUUAGUCAUGUGUAUUCUAAAAAUUAUAUUUUUUAAGGUAAAUUAUUGUUCUUUUUAAAUUUUGAAAAGAAAUGAUGAUUUUAUAAACGCCAAUUUUAUGUAAAAAUAAUUAAUUGUAUAGGAAGUUAAAUUUUACUGAGACUUCGAAGAUAGAAUAGUCCUACAAUAUUUCAUCAUGAUUCAUUACGGUCGGUGGCAGUAAGCUGCAAACAAAACGUAUAACAAGUAAAACUAAAAUAAUGUUGCUAAUGACUCAAUUUAUUUAUAAUCCUUAAGUUUUCUUUUUCAAAGAGUUGUCAAUGUGCAUAAGCAAAAUAAGUGCAUUAAUACAACGAACAAUAUGGAAAAUUAAAUAAGACUCAGAACAAUUGUUCUAUUAUGUGAACUGCAGCGUUUCAAAAGAAGUCGUUUUAUCAGUUACAUUUUUAGUUUAAGUCAAUAAAAUAAAAGCUCGAGUUAUAAUUUUUGUUUUAUAUUUUGUUAUGCAUGUAAUAAUAGGUUCAUCUGACUAUUUUUAUAUUAAACAAAAAUAAACAAUACUUCAAUCUUUUCGUGAACUAUUAUCUAAGUGUUUUAAAUUUAUGAAAACAUUAUCUUAUUUUAUCAGUAAAAUCAUAUAAUAAAACUAACUAAAAGGAACAAACGAAAGACACCAAAGAAAAUAAAUUGUAAGGAAAAGUUAACAACGACAAUCAGGAAGAGAAAGUUAAUAAACUUAUCUUUGCAAGAAUAAGAAAAACACAAAACCGAUUAGGAGUGAAAUGUAAUGUAGAAAUGAAGAUUGUAUUUUUGUGUAUGAAAUAAGCAUCCUAUAAACCAAUUUUGUAAAGUAUAGCGGUAUAUUUAUUAAAUUUCUUUUUAAUAAAUGUAAACGAAACCUUCAGUUACAGUGUUGAUUCUGGUAUUGGUUCACGCAAGUCCUAUUAGUUUCUAUCUUUAUUAUAGCACAGCCGUAUUUAUUACAUUAUUUCAAAACUCUUUUAAGAAACUUAUAAACCAAAAUUUUAAUAAAAUUCAAAAACAACUUAAAUACGUCUACAAAGAAAAUGAACAUGAAGUGUGAUUUCAAUUUUAUUUACUCAAAUUAAUAAAGCAAUGAGUGAGGAAAGAAUAAAAACUCAAUUUAUCCACAUAUUUACUAAAAUAAACUAUUAAAAAAAACAUCAACAAUUAAUUUUUAAUUUUUAUUCUCGAUAAAAUAUACAUUUUUUACCAAUUCGUUAAAAAGUCGAGUGAUGCGGGAACAAGAAAUUCGAUCGUAGGCAUCAAUUUAAACUUACUUAGAACAUUCAAAUAUCCACUCCGCAAUCAAAAUUAAUUAUUAUAAGAUACAUAACAUAAUAUUUUACUUCAAAUUCAUUUCUAUUAUCAAAAAUCUAUAUUUUUGGAAAUAGUAAAACCAUGUAUUCAAAAUAAAUUAUUUCACUAUUUACGCACUAAGAUAUCACUGCCAAUUUAAUGUUUUCUUCUUUAUGCUUUUAAGGUUUACAAAGAAUCAAAAGAAUAAUUAAAUGAAGAACAUUUUAGAAAUUUAAGUAAUUAAAUUGAAAUGAUGAAAUAUUUACUAUCAUAAGUAUCUACACACAAGUACUAGUUCCUUUAUAUUAUUUUUGUCAAAACUUAUAUCAUACAAAAGUAAAUUUAAAAAAAAAUAAAACUCAACAAAAAACAAAACAAUCAUUUUUCGUUAACUCACUUAUAGUAAGAUAAUGUGUUUUUAAAAAUUAAACAACAAAAUGAAAAAAAAAAUUAAAAAACAAACAUGUACAUGUUAAAUUAAAAAAAAAAUCAUCAAAAAACGUUAAAGCCAACACUAAAAACACACAAACAUUCGUACCUAAUAAUACUAAAAAGAAACCUGAAAAUCUUAAAAUUUUUGUGAUCUCGCAACAAAGUAAAUUAUAUUAUACGUAGUGAUUCGAGUUUUAUCAAUUAUAAAAGUCAAAUCACAUUUAUUGCGAAUGCUUAGUUUUUUUUUAAACAAUAAUGUCAAAAUAGGCUCCUGUCACUUAAUAGCUCAUGUAUUAAAAUGCAACCUUCUAGAACAUAUCGAAAAAUUAAAAACUUCAUCAGUGUGGGUUUGAUGUAGAAUGUGAAUAAAAGUAUAGGCAGGAAUUCCAGUGAUUAAAUUACCAGAGAGCUUGUAAAGACGUCCUUGUUCUUGUGAAAUCGAGUGUAGUGCCAUUAAAUGUGCUUGUUGCUUUACUGGAAGUAGUAAAAAUAAUAAUUGUCAAGAAUGACAACUGUUACUUAUAUGAGUGUAAUCUUAGUUUUUGCCCUAAGUAGUUUUUAACACCUGGAAUAACCUGUUGACCAUAACGUAUGGGUCAUUACGCUUAAAACCACAUUGCCAUCAAAAGCUUCUUAAGAAAAUAAAAUCAUAACACAAAUUACACAAGUCGAAAUCUAUGACAAGAACGCUAAAGACGAUCUCCAAGAAAUGUUGGAAAUACAUUUUGUGAAAUACCUAAUGUCUUUAAGUAAGACAAAUGGUUGAACCAAGAUUGCGUUCAUUCUUAACGAACUUCCAACUUUCAUUAUUGGUGAAUAAAUCUUAAUGAAAAGGAGUAAAAAUCGCCCUUAGGCCACGACAUUCCUCCUCCACCAAAAACAGAAUGCAAAAGAAAAUAAUAUAAACCCUAAUAUUCACAGUGAAAGAUAAAAAGAUAACAAAACCCUAAAAAGAACCUUUUAUUUCAGCCACAUUCGUUUUUCUUUAACAACUUAAACAAGAAACAUUUAAGAUAUGUAUAUUUGUCCAUCCACACAAAAUUUUUUAAAUAGUCUUUUAACGCUAGAUAUGUGUUAAGUAUUUAAGUCCAAAUAUUUCCAAAACCAAACAGAGAAUACAAACUUAUUAGAAAGUUGACAAGAGUAUUAUUUAAAAUAAGGUUAAAGAAAAAGUUUAAAUCUCAAAAAUUUCACAAAAAAAUACUAUUUAUUGUAAAGCAUUGCUUAUAUAUUCUUUAUAGAUUUAAUAUAAGAUUAAAAAAAGAAAGUUUUAUGAAAUUAAUUUCAAAUAAACAAGAACCAUUUCUCCCUUUAACAGAGAGAAAACUAUAAUCUAUUAUCUUAGAUAAAGUUAUUAAAUCAAAUCAUUCCGAUAUAUAUUAUGUAUACAGUAUACACAUACAUAUAUGUAUAUCAUAUAUAAAAUAUAUAUAUAUAUGUAUACAUACAAGAGAAGAGUUAUAAAAUAUAUGAGUAUUUUAAGUGUUGUUAGAUUUUGCGAGUUAAAUUGAAGAUAAAUGUAUUUAAUGUAAGUAAUAAAAUUAAAAAUAUAUAAAUACAGAACUAUAAUGCCGAUAUAUUAAAUAAAUGUUCCAAAAAUAAAAGGACAAAAUAUUAACGUUUCCACAUAAAAACUAUAUAAAUGUUAACAACAUUUUGUUUUAACAAAACAUAAUUCUAAUAAUAUUAAUAAUAAUACAAAGCAAACAAAAACUAUAAUUAUUCUUAAUUUAAGGAAACGAAUUAAGUGUAACGAAAAAAAUAUUCAUAUUAAACAAUUUAAAAAGUUGUUAAUUAUUUAUUUAAAACAUAACAAGGAUAUUUUUUAGAAGAACAAAUUAAACUACGUACAUAUAUCUAAACUAAGAGAUAUUUUUUCAUAUAAAAAGUUUUAAACUCUGUUAAAUCAAAAAACAAAAAAAAAUAAUAAAUAUGUUAAAACACAUUUUUCCUAUGCAGAUGUUAAAAAAAAAAACAUUAUAUAUAUAUAUAUAUAUGCAUUCAAAAAAUAUAUAUAUAUACUUCACACUGUGAUAUGUGAGCUAAAUGUAAAUCAAGAAGUUAAAAUUAAAGACAAGAAUAAGAAAACUAAAUAUAAAAAAUACCAAAGAAGAGUACAUACAUACCUAUAUAUAUAUAUAUAUAUUUAAAUUAAAUGAGUCAACAAAGAUAUAUAUUUCUGUUAUAGACAAUUAUUGUUGUGUGUUUUAUCAAACAAACAGGAUUAUUUAACACAAUGUUAUUGCAAAAUAAAUAAAUAUAUAUUUUAAAGAAAAACUGUCAUACAAAAGAAUUUAUGUCAAUAGAUAGAAGAAUGAAGAGCAUAAUGUAAACUUUUAAUCAAUUCAAAAACUAUAGAACAAAAGAAGAAAAUAAAAUAUGGUCAUCAACGAUUCGUCAAUUUGAACAUUGAAAAAACAAAUUGUUUUAUUUACAUUCAAUUCCAUUUUUUUAAGGUUUUAAAUAAAUUAUCUAAACUAUGAUUUGU